AUGUCGGAGGAUUUCCAAGAUAGACAAAUUGUCUUGCACCCUUCUUUAUCUAAAUUUCAAAGGAAGACGUCUUAUGUGGUUAAUGAUCAGCAAGAGACUCUUCCUUCUUCUAGUGGCUUGGAUAAUGGAGGUAAACAUGGAAGACCACCAGAUGCUCUUACAGGGGCUGGGAAAAGGAGUUUUUCGCCUCUGAUUCGGGAUCUUUCUCAUAGAUACAGUAUUAAGGUUAUGGCUUUAUUAGAAACCAAAUUGAGUGGUGUUAUGGCGGAUAGAGCUAUUCGGCGUCUUGGUUUUUCUGGUCACUUUCAUCGUGAUGCUUUUGGUUUUUCUGGCGGUAUUUGGGUGCUUUGGAACACUGAUGAAGUUUCAGUGGAUGUUCUUUUUUCUCAUCACCAACUUGUUCAUACUAAAAUUUGUUGGGUAAAAGAAAAUAGAGAGGAGUUCAUGACUUUUAUUUAUGCAAGUCCGCGAAGACAGGAACGUAUUCAGCUGUGGGAAAUUCUAUCUUCAUUGUUUGAUCCGUUCAUGAGGAAUGCAGCUUGGGGGAUAGCAGGUGAUUUUAACACUUAUUUGUAUGAGUAUGAGAAGCUAGGUGGUAAUGGGCAUAACUGGAAUAGCAUGAGAGAAUUUCGUGAUUGUUUAGAUGAAUGUAGCUUGUCUGACAUUGGCAAUCAAGGUCCUAUUUUCACUUGGCAAAGAAGAAAUCUUCAGGAACGUCUUGAUAGGGUUUGCGCUAAUGAUAAUUGGAACUUGGUUUUCCCUAACCGUGUGGCUUUCAACUUGCCUUUCUUUGGCUCAGAUCAUCGACCAGUGCUAUUAUGGAAAGGUCAACCUGCUAUUUAUCCGAGAGGGGAGCGUCCUUUCCGUUUUCUAGCGUCCUGGAUUGCUCUAAAAAGAAAGAAUGAUUUGCAUGCAAGGAUUAGAGGUAUUGAUAGAUGUCUUAGUUAUCAGUACAGUCAUAGCCUUGAGAUGUUGCAAAAGGAUCUAUGGAGGGAACUUGACAAGAUUUAUCUUCAAGAGGAAAUCACUUGGUUUCAAAGAUCGAAAUUGAAUUGGUUUGCUCUUGGAGAUAGGAACUCGCGUUUCUUUCACUCUGUGACGGUUGCCAGACGUAGGAGGAAUCACAUAGAUACGUUGAAAAACUCGGAGGGAGUUUGGAUUGGUGAUCAGCAGGUUUUAAUGGAAAUGGUUGUUUCUUUCUUUGAAUAUCUGUACACAAAAGAUCCAUUACCUAAACCGGCUUUUCCAGUUCGUGGCUUUUUCCAGUUAUUGAAGCGCAUGCUUUAG